AUGGAAGCCGCAACUAAGUCCGACCUGAGGUCGACGGCGACGACGCCAACCCCUCAUUCGGCCCCCUUGACCCUUGAUAUCGAGAAGGCCGAGUCACAACUUUCGGAUUGUAAUUUGAGCCCCACGGUCCCCAGGGUUUUCCCGUAUACGAACAUCAAGAACAUGAAGGGAAACAUGGCCAAAAUUGGGACUCAACCAAGUCACAACCCAAACUUGACAUCGAUGGAUCUGGUGCCAGUACCGACAAAAAACGACGACGGCACUACCACUCUGAAGUGCCAUCUUCCAGGUCAACCGCGAGUUAGGCUCGAUGAGAAAAAUCCCGGGAGUCAUUGGUUACCUUUAUCGGAAUACUUGGAUGAUAACCAUCUGACCACGAAGCUGGAUGGCAUGUUCAAGUGGAUGAAGUAUGUCUUUGUCCAAACUCCAUCCUUCCUUCACAUCAUGUCUCUCCACCAUCAGUACGCACACGACCGAGAAGUCAAGAUCGACGAGCAUCCCUGUCUUCACCUGGUGUGGUACUAUGAGCGGAUCUACGUCAAGCCCGUCCCGGCCUACUUCUACUGCGCCGCCUUCUGGGAGUACAUCGCCAACGCCCACUUGGAUGUCUAUCGAGCCUGCCUCGGCUUCAUGAGGAGCUACUAUUAUUUGAUCCAGUACGAGGUCGACUUUGCCCUGGCCUGCGAGAAGAAGUUGAUCCCCAAGAAGUCCAACGGGCAGUUUCCCACAUACGAGGAGUGGUGCGACUUCAUCGAGCCCUUCACCAAGGUCCACGACAUCCAGGUUCCCAAGCGGUACCACUACGGCGAACUACGCCUCAGUCGACUCAACAUGGCUGCAGCGUUUUUUAAGAGAAAGCUGGCCUUUUUCCACAUCUACCCGCAAUGGGGUUCCUUCCUCACCCACAGCCUGGGGCCCCUGCUCACCAUCUUCGCAAUCUGCUCCGUCGUGCUCAACUCGAUGCAGGUCAGUCUGCAAGCCCUCGACUCGGAGCUUCCGGAAGACCAUUCAUGGCCCAAGUGGAAGGCCGCAUCCAUAUGGUUCCCUAUUGUCGUCACGAUAUUGAUUGCCAUGGUUAUUGUCCUGGCUCUCGGUGGUGUUUGCGUCAUGGCCGUGGUGGAUCUCUAUAGUGGUAUCAGGACCCGCCGCAAAAAGAGAGAUAUCAACGAGAAGACUGGCAAAAAGACACAUGGCGUUAUCUGGUAG